AGAAGGACGUGCCAAACAGACCUCUGAGAGUGCGUGCCCAGUCUCCAGAUGGAAAGUUACCUUUUCGGUGGAAGCCACCUUAUGGAGCAGGCUUCAGGGGUCCACGCAGCAGAUCCCAAGGUUACCUCCGUGGGUACGGAGAGAGCAGCCGAAGGAUGAGCUAUGCUCCGCUGCUGCAAGAGCGACAAAACCAGGAAGCGAGAAAACUAGCCUCUGAGUCAGUUCAUGUGGUUUCGCUACCAUCAAGGAGCUCCAAAGGACGGAGCCAACCUGUCUAUAGGUCAUCUUUAACUAAAAGAAAAGUCACAGAGGAGGAAGAGGUGGAGGUGGCACAAGACAUAACUGUUCGAGUUAUGUCCUCUCAGUCUGUGCUCGUUGCUUGGACAGACCCACUGUAUGAAAAACAGAAGGUUGCAGCAAAUAGGCAAUACAGUGUUCGCUAUCGGGAAAAGGGGGAAUCGGCGAGGUGGGAUUACAAGCAGGUGUCCAACCGGCGGGGGCUGGGGGAGAACUUGGUGCCGGACACCAUGUAUGAGUUUGCCGUCCAAAUCUUGGAGGGAGAAAAGGAAGGCAAAUGGAGCGUGUCUGUUUACCAACGGACCCCGGAGGCGGCUCCUACCAGUGCACCUGAAAAUUUGGAUGUUUGGCCACUAAAGGGGAAACCGACCUCUGUAGCAGCAUCCUGGGAUGCUCUCCCAGAGAGUGAAGGAAAAGUCAAAGAAUACAUUCUUUCAUACGCCCCGGCUCUCAAGCCAUUUGGAGCAAAGUCCAUCACCUACUCUGGAGCUACAACAUCAGCCAUAAUAGAUGGUCUGCAGGCCGGAGAGCGCUAUAUUUUCAAAAUUCGUGCAGCAAACAGGAGGGGACCAGGUCCUCAGUCUAAAGCCUUCAGUGUCGCCAUCCCAGCAGCUGCUCAUGAGGAUUCAGUUGCUCAGCAACAAACAAAUAUUCAGGAUAAUUCAGAGGCUAAAAAAACUGGGAAUGAUGGCUCAUCUUCUCAAACUUCUUCUGUUUCUUCAAAAGUCCAACCAUCGCUUUCCUCUAAGCAGUCGUCUGUUCAUUCACCUAAUGUUAGUGAUAAAAAGAGUCUUCUUUCUGAAUAUAAGAAUAAAAUCUUGUCUCGAGGAGUCCUAAGUAAAUCUCAGUUACCUUCUAGAAAGACAGGAGAGCUGGAACCUGAUCUCCAAUCCACCGAGGUGACAGAUGACCGCGAUUCCUCCCAAGAAGCUCCAACGACACCACCAAAAGCCCAGGAUCCAAGAAGGAAUGUUAGACCCUUGUCCCCUAGUCGGCCAGUCCACCCUGUCCUUGCUGCAGGGAGGACCUCUAUUCGAACCCACACAUCAGAGGUGUCACAGCAGAUGAGGACAGAGAAACGUGAGCCACCAGCGCUGUUACCAUCGUCAGCACAACACUCUUCUGCCUCGUCUGUGCCUAAAUACACAGAUAAUGAAACAAAGCAACUGAGGCAAAGCAACACUAAUGUGCCUUCAAAAACCUCUUCCCAUCCUCUGCCUGCCAAAAAUAAUGAUCUUGCAGGUAGUGUGGAAGAAAAGCCAGACCCCGUGCUGGUGAAAGUGUCUUCUAAAACUUCAGAGCCUGGUCGCCUGGCUUUGCCAUCAAAUCGACAGUCUGCUAUCUCUCAUGAGGUUGUCCCAAGCCAUCCCAGUGUAUCUUUGCCUAAAAAGACAUUGCCCUCUCAUCUUCCAUUGGAGAAGACCUCCCACUCAGAGCCUCCACAGAGGUCACAAACCAGUCCUUCCUUACUGCAUUCGAGGGGCCGGCGCCUCCCGUCUCAUGUCUCAUCCCAGAAUAAUGAAGAAUUGCAGGAAGAUGAUGAUGAUGGGGAUGUAACAGAAGGCAGUGACAGAGCAAGCAGCCGCUCUGUGUUUCCUAAAGAAGUGUCCUCUUCUAGGGGAUUACCUUUAUCUUUCUCUCAGGGAAGCUCAAGUUCAUCUCUAUCAAAGCAACCGCAGCCAAGUUCUCAGGUACCUUCCUACAACCCAAAACUUACUCAGCCAGACUCCAGUUCUGCCAGUGAUACAGCAAAAGACAGCCAGCAUAAUCCAAGGUUGUCACCCACUUCUUCGAGACAGGCUCGUCCUUCGUUACCUACUCGCUCAAGGGUCCCUACAAGAACAGUGUCCCAAACAGAGAAAAAAUAUGGCCUGUUGCCCUCAAAAGUGUCCAAAGCUGAACUUCCUCAAAAAGUUCCUUCCUCCUCUUCAUCUAAAUCUCGUCAGUCAGUUUCUAAUGAAGAGGAUGAUUAUUACAGUGAAUAUGAUCAGAAAGAAGUGGAAGAGAAACCCACAGCUUUGGCAGCAAAAUGGUCCCCUUCUGUUUCUAGAGGUAACAAAAACACAUACGAUGAUGCUACUAGCAAUAAAAGGAAAUCUAUGGACACUCUUCUACCUCACAAAGUAAGCUCUGAAGAGGAAGAGAAGGAAAAAACUCCGACAUUAAAAAUAUCUUCUCCUGAAUCACCAGGAACCUCUGCCAUAGCAUCACGGAUUACUCAGUCCUCUAACAAGCAUACCCCAUCUAAACCAAGCUUUGUCUGGCCACGUUCUUCUGCAUCUGCCACCACACACACUGUUUCUCCAACAGUUUCUUCUUCUACUUUGUCCCCUCGCCAGCGACUAUUGAACUCCAGGCUACGGAGCCCUUCCCAACGGCAAUUUGUUAGACCUCCUUAUAGACAAGGUUACAAUGGCAGACCUAAUCUUACAACAAAAAAUGGAAAUGGAAAAAUAAUACCUGGUAAUAACGGAAAACCAAGUGGACAGAGAGUAAUCAAUGGCCCUCAAGGAACAAAGUGGAUUGUAGAUCUUGACCGAGGACUAGUGUUAAAUGUUGAAGGAAAAUACCUGCAAGAUUCCCAAGGCAACCCUCUCCGAGUGAAAUUAGGAGGGGACGGACGUACAAUUGUUGAUGAAAAGGGUGCCCCAAUGGUGAGUCCUGAUGGAUUACCUUUGUUUGGACAUGGCAGAUUUAGUAAACCUGUAGCAAGUGCACAAGAUAAACCAAUAAUAAGCCUUGGAGGGAAACCUCUGAUUGGUCUUGAAAUGAUUAAGAGAACAACCACUCCCUCAACUACUACUACAACGACACCCCCAACAACUACCACAACAACUACUACAACCACUACAACAACUGUUGCUACAACUACCACCACCACUCCUGAACCAACCACUGAACCACCCACAGAGAAACCACCCCCAACCUGUCCUCCAGGCACCUAUGGACAGUAUGAUGACGAGGGCAACUUGCUAUUGGGAUUCGAUGGCCUGCCAGAGUGCAACGCAGAAGAAGAUACAUUCUCAGGACUGGAUUCAGAUGUGACAGCAACUCCAGAGGCAUAUGUGAUAUAUGAUGAUGACUACGAGUUUUUUGAGAGCACUUUGCCACCAACCACCACCACUGUCACCACCACCACUGCUUCUACAACGACGGAAUUGGAAGUUGUCUAUCCGGAGACUAGUGUUGUUGGCACUGGCCCUGUGUCAGAAUACGAUAUUGCUGGGAAGAAACGGUUCACUGCUCCUUAUGUGACCUAUCUCAAUAAAGAUCCAGCAGCCCCCUGCUCCUUGACAGAGGCCCUGGAGCACUUCCAAGUGGAGAGCCUCGAUGAAAUCAUCCCUAAUGACCUCAGAGAAAGAGAGCUGCGUCCCCUGAAAGCCCCCCACAACAUCACUGUUGUGGCAGUUGAAGGCUGUCACUCCUUUGUCAUCGUGGACUGGGCCAAACCUGCUCGAGGAGACAUGGUAACAGGCUAUCUGGUUUACAGUGCAUCCUAUGAUGACUUUUUAAAGAAUAAGUGGUCAACCAGGACUGCAGGAUCUACUCAUUUGCCAAUUGAGAACCUGAAGCCCAACACACGGUAUUAUUUUAAAGUCCAAGCAAAGAAUCCCUUUGGUUAUGGACCUGUUAGCUCUUCAGUUUCAUUUAUCACAGAAUCUG